AGUUUGCUGGGUUUACAGCACUGCUGUUAGUAAGCGCAAAUUGUCACACGCAGAGAUAUCGGCGCCAUUUUAUUUCUCGUUACUCGUUACUCGCUUCAAGAUUAUCCGCUACUCGUUGCACCUGGCACACACGCGUUUUCCAAAUCGUGCUUUUUUUCGCCCUCAGUUUAUUUUUUAGUGUGCGAAUUCAACAUUUAAUUGGUUAAACAACAAAUUCACAUUAUGUAUGUGCUAAACAACUGUCAAAUGAGUGAAUGCUAGUGCUUUGUGCGCUAACAAAUUGAAUUGAAUACGUGCGUGAGUUUGGCUUGCAUGCGUGUGUGCAUGUGUCCUGCACACAGUGUUGCAUUUUGUGCGUGUACGGGGGGCCGGCUAAAAUCCAAUGAUGUCCGCAUUUGAGGAUGGCCAACAGCAACAACAAAGACUACUACAACAGGAACAACAACAGCAACAACAAACACAAACUCCGCAGCCGCGCACGCCACUGAGACUCGCAAAUGAGGCCGCCAACAACAGCAACAAGAACAACAACAACAACAGCAGCAGCAGCAGCAACAGCAGCAGCAGUAGCAGUAAAAACAACAAUAAUUCCAUCAUGGGCAAAGUAAAGUUGCGGGUAUCCAGCAUACUUCCGGAUUCACUAAGCAAAUGGUUUUCACCAACUGCUGACCCAAAUGCCGCCGGCGCCGCCGCAGUCGCUGGGGAAGAGUCGUCAUCGUCAACAUCGCCGCAGCUGCCGCUGUCGCAGCAUAAUGGCAGCGCUUUGACAACUACAAUCAAACAGAAACACAGUCGUCGUCGCAUACAGCUCGAGGCUGAUGAUGCGCCCGAUAUUGCCGUCGAUGACGGCACCAAUGCUCAGGAUCUCAACGAAGAGGAGGUUCAGCUGGCCGAUAACAUAGCCGAACACGAUCUGGCCGGCGAGGAUGAGCAGACGCGUCGCAGCGAAUAUAAUGUUAGUUUAUUGCGCAAACGUCAACUGGUCGCCAACGAAGACGACGACGACGAUGAUGACGACGAUGCCGAAGAGGAGGACGACGACGAAGCCGACGAUGGUCCACAGCAACUCAACUAUCGAUCGCAGCAGCCAAAUCGCAGCGUCAAUUUCCGCAGCAGUGCGGCACAGCCGCUGCAAAAGCGCAAGCGUAUAGAGCCAAUGGAAAGUACGUUUAGUCCUCAAUUUAAUGCACAGCGUCGACGCCCGCAGCUGCACGCCUCAACGCCAGCUGCUAGCGAUGCGCUGCGCAGCCAAGCGCCACCGAAUCGUUUCUCAACGCACUUGAACCUCUACGGACAUCAGCGUCAGCGCGAGCCCGCCUACAAUUUCAUGUCCGCCGGCAACAACAGCAGCAGCGAGGCAGCUGUUGCCACCAGCGGGGAUUUGCCAAUGAGCUCGCGACGCUCAUUGAAUAUUGCGCCAAUGACUGAACGCCGUGAAAUGGCGCUGCCCAGCUAUAGGCGGCAAUCGCUGUUGGGUCAUCGCGGCCUAAUGCCCAACUGGCGCAGCUAUCAGACCAUCAGCGAGGUGCCCAAUGAGGAGCAGCAGCAGCAGCAGCAGCAGCAACAAACUAUGCGCCAGGAGACAAACAACAACAACAACAACAAUAUAAUACAGACUAAGCGCAGCGGCGGCACAGAUUCCCAAUCGGAGUGCGAGAGCAAUGAGAGCCAUGCGGCUGGCGGAUCAGGCUUCGGUUGCGGACGCAUGCACAACCUCAACAACAACAACAACAUCAAUAGCAAUAGCAACCAAUUAUUUUAUGGGAAUUUGCAGAGCCGCAAAUCGGUGUUCAAUACGAAUGUAAAUGCAACAUCGCUGCUGCAACACCACAAUUCGACACUAUCGCUAAAUUCGCUAAAUCAUCGCCGUCGCUUUAACGCCUCCAUAUAUGGCAGCACAUCGGCGUUGAGCGAUAGUCGUCUGUUGAGCAGCAGCAUGUCGGGCAAUUCACCAUUUUAUCAGGGACCCACCGCAUUUGGCGGCAGUUCGGCAAACAAUCGUUAUUUUAGUCAAGGCAAUUUGCCGAUCAAUUCGGGCAGCAGCUCGCCGGCGCCAUCGAAUAGCGAUAGCGUUUGCAGCAACAGUAAUCCUGCUCGCCCAAAUAUCUGUCACAGCAGCUACGGCAUGAAGCCCAUCGAGAUGCGACCACGUGGGAAUCUGUGCACCGGCGCUGGUGAUGGUAGCGCCAAUGUGCCUGGCUUAUCGCUGACAGCGCAGCGUAUACUCAAUCUAUUGGAGAAUCAUACAACGCCGCUUAUGGAUGCCAAGAAAAUGGGUAGCACAUUGCGUGAACAUCAAUUGCAGCGCAGCUCAAGACACCUGACCGCCGGCUCCAAGCCAUAUUCCUAUCCCAAUCAUACUUUGGCAUUUGGCUAUAAUAACACCGCCGGCGGCAGCAAUAACAAUCGGAAUAGCGAUCCGGAUAAUAGCUCUAAAUUGCUGGUGCCCACCAUGUUGCAGCUGCUCGAACGUCGACGUUUGCAUCGUGUGGCGCCCAGCACACGUGCCCUAGUUGAUGCCAAACAAUUGGAGGAGCAACAGAUGUUACAUCAACAGCAUCAACAGGCUGCCAGUUUGGCAGCUAACUCCAAUACGACGGUCACGGUCACGCCCACGGGCAGCCAGACUCAUACGAAUAAGAUGCGUUCACGUUUAUCCCAUCAGUUGCGCAAGGAUGCGCGCAUUGUGGAUGAACAACAGUUGCCGCCAGCGCCUCUCGAUUUGCCCAAUAUACGUUUUCCGGUGAUGGCCAGCGAGCCGACAUUUGAUUUGGUUAUUGCGCCGCCGCCGCCGAUGUCAACUGCAGCAACAACUGCCGAGCAGCAGCAGCAGCUGCCCAAGCUGAACAACAACAACAAAACAAACAAUAACACCAACAACAACAACAACAACAACAACAACAACAGCAGCAGCAUGCGCCGACGCGGCCAUUCAAGCACACGUUAUCAGUUUGCAAACCCGCAGCCACUCAAUUGUGCCGAUCCUGCCGGAACAACAGCGACGCCACAGAAACGAAUGAAGCAUAAUUUUAUAUUUGAUCCGCCCAUUCCAUUGGAUGAGUCGACCAAGUGUUUGCCCAACUCGUUGCAGUUCAAUGGUGCCACAUGCAACAGCAACCUGAAGAGCACCGGCAGCGUGAUUGAUAUACUGCUGCCGCCCAAGCGCACAGAUGCUCCAGCAUCACCAGCAGCAGCAGCUCCAGCAUCAGCUCCCUUAACAACGGUUGGAUUUGGUGAUCAGUUUAAGAAAUCCGCCAGUGAAUGGGAGUGCGAAGCGUGCAUGUUGCGCAACAAGCAGGAGCUGAACAAAUGCGUCGCCUGCGAGACGCCCAAGCCAAAACCUAAAGGUGCCGCCAAUACUGCUGCCUCAGGCCCAACGGCGCCGGCCAUCAACUAUCCAGCUGAAGACGAGACGGCGCGCCUUAAAACCACAAGCCUUGGCACACAGGUGUGCAUGUCCAGCAUUGCCCAAAAUAGCGGCAGCAACAGCAGCAGCUUUGGCAGCAGCAACAGCAACAGUUUUCCUAGCGGUUUUGGUGAUGCGUUCAAGCCCCCGGCAAAUAUGUGGGAAUGCGGCUGUUGUAUGAUCAUGAACCCGGCCAGCCUUAAUGAAUGCCUCGCCUGCCAGUCUCCCAAUCCCAAGAGCAGCAACAGCAACAGCAAUAGCAAUAGCAGUACCAACAACAACAACAGCAACAACAGCAACAGCAACAACAGCUUUAAAUUUGGUUUUGACAGCACAGCUGUUGUGCAGCCUAAGGCGGAUGCCGGCUUCCAGCAGCUGAUCGCGGCACAAAAGUCGAGCAGCUGGAAUUGUGAGGCGUGCAUGGCACAGAAUGAUAUCAGCCGCAACAAAUGCAUAUGCUGUGAGCAACUGAAGCCCGGCGCCACCGUCGAGGAGGCUUCAACCACUGCGGCUGUGCCCAAGUUUAUGUUUGGCUUUCCAGCCAAGGCCGCUACAACAGCAACAACAGAAGCAGGAGCAACAACAACAGCGGCAACAGCAACUGUUGCUCCAGUCACGCAGUUUAAAUUUGGUUUUGCGCCCGCUGCAGCAGUAGAUGCUGGCAAGGAUGUGGCCGAUAGCAACAAAGCUCUUACAACAACAACAACAACAACAACAGCAGCAGCAGCAGGCACGUCAACAUUCAGUAAUUCAACAACAACAACAACAGCAACAGCAACGACAAAUGUCUUCAAAAUUGGCACGGCAACAGCUGCCAGAACGGUGGACUUCAAACUUGGCGACAAUGCAGCACAGCAGCAACAGUUGUCGUUGGCAGCGGACAAACCUGCGCCGGCUAGCAGCAGCAUGGCGCCGGCAACAUCUAGCACCGGCCAAGGCUUGUUUGCAACAACAGUGACACCAGCAACAGCAGCAACAACAUUUGCAUUUGGCGCCAACACAGCAGCAGCAGCAACGACAACAGCAACAACGACAACAACAGCUGCUGCCGCAGCAAAGCCCGUGGAGAGCAAAUUAUUUAACUUUGGCAGCUUUUCGCCCAACACAGUCGUGUCCAGCAGCACCAGCACCAACACCACCAGCAGCAGCAGCAGCAGUGGCGGCAGCAGCAUCAGCUUCAAGCCACCAGCAAAUUUAUUCAAUUUCGGCGGCGGCAGCAGCAACAACAACGUUAGCAGCAGCAGCAGCAGCACGCUGCCAGCAGCAACGGGGACAAAAACAACAGCUUCGUUUCUAUAUAGCCCACAGACUGCAAGUGCAACAACUAGCUUUGCGCCAGCUGCCACAGCAACAACGUUUGUCUUUGGCAGCCAAUCAGCUAUAUCAACAACAGCAGCAGCAGCGGCAGCUAAAACUGCCGUCAGCAGCAGCAGCAGCAACAGCAACAAUUUCUUCUUUGGCGCGCCAGCAACAUCAACAACAGCAGCUAGCACCAAUGCCAGCAAUGCCGGCAUCUUCGGCUCCUCCAUCACAACACCCAAAAGCAGCAUCAUCAGCAGCAGCAGCAGCAGCGGCUUCCAAGCGCCGGCCAGCAGCAACACAGCGCUGUUCACCUUUGGCAGCGGCAGCAACAUCAAUGCUAGCGGCAACAGCAGCUUUACCAGCCCAUCAUUUGGCUUUGGACCGAAGCCCACACCAUCAACACUUGGCGAUCUUGCAACGAGCAGCAGCAGCAGCAGCAGCAACAACAACAUAGGCAGCAACACAUCAACAACAACACUGACCAACUUUGGUUGGCCGACAGCAGCAGUAACAGCAACAACAUCAAAAGCAACAACUUCAUUUGCAACAACAGCAGCAGCAACUCCUUUUGCCAAUAAUCCUGCAACAAGCGUUGCAACAUCAUCCACAACUUUGCCCAUUUUUGGCAGCAACAGCAGUCAGGGCUCCAACCUGUUCGGCAGCAGCAACACGGCAACAAAAACAACAAAUGCAAUGCAGCCGCUGGCGGUCAGCUCGCCAUUUGGCAUGGCGACAACAACAACAUCAGCAGCAACAGCAGCAGCUGCCACCGUACAGCCCAAUACCGGCGGCAAUGGCACAAUCUCUGCGCUCUUUGGCAAUGUGAAUAGUCCGUUUGGCACAAAUGCAGGGCCCGGUGCCGGCGGCGUCGCCUCGCCGCUGACAAACAUAUUCAAUAGCAGCAGCAGCAACAACAACAAGGGAACACCAACAACAACAACAGCAGCAGCAGCAACAACUGUUGCAGCAGCAACACCUAAACCGGCAUUUAAUUUUGUCAGCGCCAACGCACCAAUAGCUGCGCCCGCCGGCGGCGUCUUUAACUUUGGCGCAACGCCCACGAAUGCCGCUGCCAGUGGCAACAGCAGCAGCACCAGCGGCGGCGGCGGCGGCGGCGGCAACAGCAGCGCGUUGCCAAAGCCAGCCUUCAAUUUCACGGCAACCGCACCACAGACGACGGCAUUUAAUUUCUCGGCUAACUCAACAACAGCUGGCGGCAAUGCGGGCAACAGCGACUUAUUUCCAAGAACGGAACGACUUUUCCAAUUUGGGGCCACUGCGCCGUCAACUGAUGCUGGUGGCACAUCAUCAACCAUGAUGCCAGCAGCAAAUCAAUUGUUCAAUUUUACCGCCUCAGCGCAGCAAAUGCAGUCAACGCCAAACGCCGCUCCGUUCCAAUUUAAUGCCGGUGCGCCUGCGCCAGCCAAUAUAUUCGCUUUCAAUCCACCAAACGCUGGCAGCCCAAUGCAGAAUCCACGCCGCAAGAUACGCGGACCGACGCGUCGCCUGCCGCCGCGGUAGAAAUGGAAAGUGGCGCCGCCGCUGCCGCCGCCGCCGCCGCUGCCGCCAACAAUGACAGAACCGAACAACAAUGGACAACACUGGGACACGGACUGGGACGUGGAUGCGAAUUGGGGGCGGCGGAGCAGCAGCAGCUGAGGCACAACGACAGCCAAACAACGACGACAAUU